CUGCUGUUAUGUCACUUUUAAUCCAGAUUUUUAAGGUUAAGCUACAAAUUUGAUUCGCUAUAUCGAUUUCUCAUACAAAAUAAAAAUACAUUAAAAAUGCUUAUCGCUCGCAAUUUAUCUCGGUUCUUCCACACUACUACGAGUUGCUUGGCAUCAGAGAAAUCCGCUCUAGCAGCACUCAGGAAGAAAACUGGAUACACUUUCUCGAACUGCAAAAAAGCCCUGGAAAUACACAACAAUGAUCUGGCCAAAGCUGAGGAAUGGCUUAAACAGCAGGCUAAAGCCUUAGGAUGGUCCAAAGCGACCAAAUUAGAAGGGAGGCAAACAACACAAGGUCUGGUUGGUGUAAAUGUUGAGAAUAAUGAAGGGGUGUUGGUCGAAGUAAAUUGCGAAACCGAUUUUGUGGCAAGAAAUGCAGAGUUUGAGAAUAUUGUUAAAGAAGUUGCGGAAACUUGCUUAAACUAUUUGAAGAGCUCUCCGAAUUCUACACAUGCUAUCACAAAGAUUGGACUGGAUUCCGAACAGCUCAAAUCUCUAAAAGCAAGCGAUGGAAAUACUUUGGCUGAUAAAAUAGCCCUAAUGAUUGGAUCAGUAGGCGAAAAUGCAACACUUAAACGUGCAGUUGGAAUUAGAGUGAAUAACGGCACUCAUUUAUCUGGGUACGCCCAUCCAUCGGGUAAAUCAGCCAAUAGCACCCUGUUGGGCAGAAUUGGAGGUCUCGUGGCACUCAGAAGCGUUAACGACGAAAGUCCUCAUAUAGAGCAAAUCGGGGCAGGAUUAUGUCAGCACAUUGUUGGCAUGGCACCAACAAGUAUUGGAAAAGCCGAUGAAGAACCAACAGCGAAUAAUGAAGAUGAAACAAACCUAAUUCAUCAAGAAUAUUUACUUGAUGAUACUUUAACAGUAAAACAGUUACUGGAUGAAAAUCAGGUUGAAGUUGUGGAUUUCCAAAGGUUUGAAUGUGGCGAACGCAGUGUAAACGCAGUUGGAGAACAGCCAUUAGACAAGGUAGAAGUGUGUCAAUAAUAAUAUGAGCAAUUGGAAGUAAGUGCAUUUAUACUCUACUUAUAAACUAAAUUUGCAAAUUACAAAAUGAUGUACAAGUAUGGCAAUGGAUGCCACGUUUACAAGAACAGACGUAUGUUGUUUCCUAUAUUUUAGAAAAAUUAUUGCUAUUAUUACUAUCUCAGUAAUUGGUUUGAAUAAAGAAUAUUACUGGA